UAAAAGAAAAAACCAAUAUAGAAAAAACAUGUUGAAAAAGAUGCUAGUGUCUAAAAUUACACAUUAAAAAGGGACACCCCCAACUCACUUCGGCCUUGUUAAAAUAUUUAAGAUGCGCGCGAGCCUCUCAACUCUCAAGCGGUAAUUUCAUCAAGCACUUGGUGUGCGCUUCGCAAACUCAACGAAUUGAAUCAUGAAGGCAAACAGAGCAACGGUGUUAACAUUUGCCGAAAAGUGCAAGAACAUUUUGGCCUCAAACUGGCAGGGCCACCUCAACACCAUUAAAGCUGACGCUAAAGGAAGCAAGGAGGAUAUAUACACAUCAAAGGUUAAAUACAUACUGAGAAAGGGAAAGCCAUAUAUUUGGGUGCCUGAGAAGGAGUUGCAUAAUGUGUUUUGUGUCUUCUUUUUGCUUCUCAUUCUCUUACAGAACAUGAUCAUCGAUGAACGUGGCUCAUUUUCCGUAACUACUCCCUACCCUGGUCCAUUAGCGAGCUUGCUUAGAUCGAUAAAAACGUUACCAGCCCGAGUUGCUAUGACCGGGGAUGUUGUGCCCCAUAAAGAUGAAAAGUCUGCAGCGGAGAGCCUUAGAGAAAUCAUCCUCUCUGAACAGAAUGCAAUUAGCGAUUUCAGUUACACAGUUUCCGGUGUAUUAAGCUCUUCUAAUAUUCAUGAUACAUCUCGAAGUGAAAACCUUAAAACCUUACUGGAAGGGGACGAACAAUACAUGAUUUAUAAGUUUAAUCCAAGGUCAUGUGUUUUUGUUGAUGGCAAUGGAAGCACCCAUGAAGUAGACUUCGAGGAUAUGAACUCUUCUAAAGUAGAUCGGUUAGCUCCUUUGUCUGCUAAAAUAAUUGAUGGGAUCAAUCAAAGUGAAGCAAGGCGCCGGGCCCUGAUGCUAUUUUGCCUCAUGUACUUGAAUGCAAAUGCAAAGGAUGCAUACAUGCUAUCUAUUGAUCGAAAGGGGUUCAACGUGUUGGGAAAAGUUUCUGGUCCAGCAUCGAAGGAUGGCCCCGGUUACCAGUGGAAGGAAUAUCGUUUCUCGUUGAAGGAAGAGGCACGAGAUGUUGAGACCUUCUGCCGCCAACUUGUGGAAAUGGAGGAAGAGGCCGUUAAGCAAAUUUCAAGCUGUAGUGGUCUUGGAUGAGUGAGAAAAGUAGAGAAGUCUGUCUAUCCAACUUGUUUUGGUUAUAUGCAUAUGAACCAAUAUUUUCUAUUUUGGUUCUCUUUUGUUACAUUCUAAGUUCAUUUAAUCUCACUCUUCGGAUUUAAAAAAAUUAUAAUUAUUUUUUCGCUAAAUGAACAGAAAUGAAAUGGGUCUUCCUCUUCAA